ACUUUGAGGUCAUCAGUGCCCCCAUGCGAGGGCCAGCCGUGGCGGAUGGAGAGGGUAGGGUCCUUGCUUAUGCCGUGGCACAAGACAGCCACCUCUAACGUAGACCCCGAAGUCAAGAAACCCACUCCCCCGAAGCUCUUAUGGCACCAGCCUACAAACAUCUUCUUGGCCAAGCCUGUAGGUGUGGAGGAGCUGCACCAUGAAGCUGAACUCAAUCUCCAGAGCUUGCUUCAAGAGGAGUAUGAAGAACCGUAUUCUGAAGCCCGGGUCAGCGGCCAAACCUUUCGGUACGCCAGCCCCGUCUCUCCAGACAGGCCUCUGGGUUGCAGCCCCCGGCCCCCAUCAGCCAAACGGCUGGAGUUUGUGUUCAUGCCCUCAAGCCAGCAAGUGAAUGAGAAGGAGAGCACGACGUUGGGGGUCAGGGCCCUGGAGCCAUCACUCAGCUUACCGCCCACUCCAGACAGGAACACGUCCUGGGCCCAAGCCAGCCUGUUGCCGUCUCUGGAUGAGAAGCAAGCGCACCCACCCUGUUCAACGCAAGCCAACAUUGUUCCCAUCAACGUCUCUGGACAGCCCUUUGCAAGGCACGCAAGUGCACGCCAUUCCCUCUUUAACACCGAGACAGCCAUGAACCCCAAAUCUUUGCUGCGGCGGAGACGGACAGUCAUUGGUUUCCCUCACCUGUCUUUGCGGGACCAAGGCAACAGCAACGGUCCUGUUCUCAACCCUCCAGCGACUGUGACAGAGUCGGUUUCUUGCCAUUUCGUUUCUGACGUGGCCAACGGGAGGAGCGCCGCCCACCAGACCCGGUCUCCUCAUCCGCGCCCCCAGCUGAGAAAGACUUUCAGUGACCUAGGAGGAGUCCUUCAGGGACGGUGUUGCCUGGCGCCCACGGGGCACCUGGAGAAUCCCAGGGUCGUGUACGCCAGCCCAUCGUGCAACGGCCCCAAGGAAGACUCGGUCUUCUCCCCUGCUUGGAGCGCAUCCUCUUUCGGCUACGUGAGCCCCUCGGCCAGCCAAGGCGAGCUGAUGGGGGAGAACCAAGCCCAGCUGGCGCCCUGCAGCCCGAGGGGAACGCCAGACUCCGACCGACCCGCCUCCUUCUUCAUUGACAACGAACAGGGGGUCGGAAGCCAUGGGAACGGGAUGUUUUGUGCUCCACCCAAGUCACCCACGGAGGCUGAAGAAGGCUCCAAAGGGGGGCCGAAAGAAGUCAAGGCGAGUCUGGUCUUCAUCAGCGCGGGCGAAGGAGACGUUCCCCCGCCAGAGAAGGACCGGGUGGCGUCCAGGUUCCGCGAGAGGUCUCUCUCUGUCCCCACGGACACGGUGUCUCUGUGUUCCGUGGACAUCGGGGGCAGCGAGACCUGUGGCCUGAGCUACCCCAGCGCCAGCUCCGAGGGCAGCACCAGCACAGACAACGUCUCCCUGGCGGUGGAGCAGGACGCUCAAACCAAGCAGCGUCGCCAGCGCCUCAAGAGCAUCUCUCUCAAGAAGGCCAGGAAGAAGCCCUGCCCGCCCAUCCGCAGUGUCUCGUUGAUCAAAGAAGAGCAAGGCAGCAAGGCAGAGCCCGACAGCGAGGCCCUGCCUCAAGACCAGAGGCCCACAAGCCUGUGUCUGCUGCCCGAAGCCCAGGUCCACCGCCAAGACCGCGGAGAUGCGCCUCAGGAGCUGGAAGGCGUGCCCUAUACUCAGCAGUGGUAUAUGCCGGAGUGGGCGUCCGGCGACCCCUAUUGCUCCCUGUCGGGCUCUAGCACGGCGACCGGGACCACCGUGAUCGAGUUGUCCAAGGCUCCGCGCGGGAGCUCCGAGUCCCUGCCUUCUCCCUCCAUCUCCCGGGCUACCACACCAUCCCAGGUUUCAGCGGAGGUGUUCUUGAAAUCCUCCUCCCCGGGGAGGCCGACGGGAGUCAUGUCCCCCUCCAGCGGCUACUCCAGUCAGUCGGAAACACCAACGCCGACUGUCCCGACGUCCGCGGUCCUUGGGCACACCCCGCACCAGGGCGGGCGGAGGAGGCCCCUUGUCCCCGAGCGCAAGUCCUCGCUGCCCCCGCUCUCGCCCAUGGAGCGCAGCCCCAAAUCGCAGCUCUCGUUUGACUUGCCGUUCGCACCCCAGGCUCACCUGGAUCUCUCGGGCUUGAAAAUCUCCCGCAAGGGCAAAGCCAAAGUGAGCCGGCACCACUCGGACUCCACCUUUGGAGUCAAGCUGGUCCCCAAGCUUAGCCCGGUGCAGCCGGUCAUGCCCAUGGUGACGCAGCUGGACCUGCGCUCCAUCCGCCUGCGCUCCGUCAGCCGCUCGGAGACGGAGGACAACCCAGAGAGCCCUGAACCCCUGGAAGAGCCUGGGAAGAAGGUCCGACCGCCGGUGGCCGAGAAGCCGCCCCUCUCGCGGAGGCCCCCCAUGCUCUUGCACAAGACCCCGCCGGUCCAGGAGGAGUCUCCCACGGGCUCGCCCACCUCUCCCCGGACACCCCAAGGAGGCAUCCCUGUGGAGAACAUUUAUAUGGUGGCCCGGAGGCCUGAGCCUCGGUGGGACACGGAGGCCUGGAGCCCUGUGGAGUCGCCUUCUCCGGUGGGAGCGGCCUCCCCCGCGCAGCCCUCCCCGGGGGCGUUUUUCUGCCCCGUGCGGCGUCUCUCUGAAGACAGCCUGGAGGAAGAGGAGGAGACGAUGAAGCCCACACUUCCGGCGGAGAGAACCCCCAGGAGGGAGAGUCGUAAAGCCAAAGUCCCACCCCCCGUCCCCAAGAAGCCGAGUGUGCUUUAUCUGCCCCUGGCGGCCUCCCCGCGUCACCCAGCGGCCGGUCACGGAGAGUCGAGAUUGGCCGCCAGCCCUGUUGUUAUGCUGGACGAGGACUCUGCCUAUCCCGAGCUGGCCGCUUGCAAGGUGCCGUCUCCGGGGGCCCAUGAGGUGAACGCCAGCCCGCCUCCUGCGGACGUGUCUUGGGGAGACAUUUCAGGGAACUCUGUGGACUUGAGAGCCAAUGAGAAAAACGUUGUCAAUGACAAAACAGCUGAGUCAAUAACUGAGGAGGAUGACGAUGUUUUUGUGACUUCCAGAACUACAGAGGAUUUAUUUACUGUCAUUCACAGGUCCAAGCGGAAGUUACUGGGGUGGAAGGAACCCACCGAUGCCUUUGGCAACCGGCAGAAUUCCCAGGUGCCCUCAAAGAAUACAACGGGCCCCCUGAUCAAUGAGUGUCCUCCGGGAAACACAAGAACCUCCAGCCGGAAUGAAGACUUUAAGGCUCUUCUUCAGAAAAAAGGGGGUAAGGGUGCCACUGGCAUCCGAACCUCGGCAGCCGAACUUCUCAAGACGACCAACCCUUUGGCUCGGAGGGUCAUGACUGAGUUUACUGUAGACGGGGCAAUCCAAGGCCAGAAGGCUCAGCCAUGAGCACAUUUUGGGAUUUCUCUGUCUCUUCUUCGCACUAGGCCCUGUAUCCCUCCCUCCAGGCUGACGGUCAGGAUGAGCUUCUCUCUUGGGUCCUCAGCAUCGUCAUUGAACUUGUCAGCAUCCGCCAAACCUUUCACGGUUUUUAAUUGGGACAGUGAAUUGGGCAGGGUGUGGGGGAAGAGACUCCUAUUUCAAGAAAAGUGUCUUAAAUGUUGAGCACACCCAUCUUCCUUUGGGAUCAGCCCUGCAUCUUUGCUUUUAAGGAACGAAGCUUUAUUUUUGCUUUUCUGUGUUGGAAGAGGAGCCCAAGACAUGGAUGUGUCUUAAGCAGGGCUAUUACGGGUUGGUGUCAUAUGUGGCCUCGCACCUUCCCCCGAUCGCAUGAGGAGUGAAAUACUUCUCUCUCCCUCUCUCUCUCUCUUUUUUCUCUCUUUCUACUUUCCAGGUGUACAGAUUAGAGACCCACCUCUUUUGAUUUCCUCUGUGCAGCAAAGCUAGCUUAGUUAGAACUGUUCAGAAUUUUUGGCAUGUAGUAAUUUCAGUCUUUCUAGCAUACAAUACAUGUCUGUUGUGGCUUA